UGAUGCAUUGCUCUCGCAAAGCACAACACAUCGCCAUUUUCAGCGAUGCUGGAGCUUUGACUGGAACAGCAAAGUAAAUAGGUCACAAGAUCGAAGAAAGGAAAAUUAAGGAACAUUGUCGACCAACGACGGCUUUUAUUCGCCCAUCUCAAUGCCCUGAACCCUCUGACUGAGAGCCAAUGAUCAGGUGUUCAGCUCGAAUGAAGUGUUUCAGCUUAGAUGUGAUUAUUAACAGCCUUUUAAUUCGGACUUUAACAUAAAUCAGCUCCCUGGUUCUUGGACUGCACUUUUUGUCUUCAGGAGGGCAUAUCGUUUGAUCAGCCUCCGCUGGACGUGCUCAUCCUCAGCCAGAAUGAAAAGAGGGCAGAAGAGAGGAGAUCAACAGGAGGAUGAAGGAGGCCCAAGUCUUGGUUUCCCAGAAACCUGCAAAAAGCUUUGUAUAGAGGGUUCUGAGGAACAGCUGCAAGAUCAGGGGAGCUGCGACUCGGAGAGCAGAGUAGACUGGGGCUGCCUGCCUCAGGAGAUCCUGCUGCAGAUUUUCCAGUACCUGCCCUUGCUGGAUCGGGCAUUUGCCUCACAGGUGUGCAGGGGGUGGAAUGAAGCAUUCCACAUGCCUGAGCUCUGGAGGUGCUUUGAGUUUGAGCUCAACCAACCAGCCAGCUCUUACUUGAAGGCCACACACCCAGACCUCAUCAAGCAAAUCAUCAAGAGACACUCCAACCACCUUCAAUAUGUCAGUUUCAAGGUCGACAGUAGCACGGAGUCUGCAGAAGCAGCCUGCGAUAUCUUGUCUCAGCUGGUGAACUGCUCGCUCAAGACCUUAGGGCUUAUAUCCACAGCUAGACCCAGCUUCAUGGAGUUGCCUAAGUCUCAUUUCAUCUCAGCCCUGACUGUGGUUUUUGUAAACUCCAAGUCCUUGUCCUCACUGAAGAUUGAUGACACACCAGUAGAUGAUCCGUCACUCAAAGUUCUUGUAGCCAAUAACAGCGACACCCUCAAGCUGCUGAAGAUGAGCAGCUGCCCUCACGUCUCACCUGCAGGCAUUCUUUGUGUGGCUGACCAGUGCCAUGGCCUACGUGAGCUAGCACUAAACUACCAUCUGCUGAGUGACGAGCUGCUACUGGCAUUGUCAUCUGAGCGUCAUGUGCACCUAGAGCAUCUACGGAUUGAUGUGGUGAGUGAGAACCCAGGGCAGAUGCAGUUCCAUACCAUCAAGCGCAGCAGCUGGGAGGCAAUGGUUCGCCACUCACCCAAGUUCAGCCUUGUCAUGUACUUCUUUCUGUAUGAGGAUGAGUUUGGGCCAUUCUUCUGUGAUGAGGUGCCUGUGACACACCUCUAUUUCGGCCGCUCUGUGAGCAAGGAGGUGCUGGGCCGUGUGGGGAUGACAUGCCCUCGCUUGAUUGAGCUAGUUGUGUGUGCCAACGGCCUGAGACCUCUUGAUGAGGAGCUCAUCCGAAUUGCUGAGCGCUGUCAGCAUCUGUCAGCCAUUGGCCUAGGGGAGUGUGAAGUCUCCUGCAGUGCAUUUGUGGAGUUUGUGAAGAUGUGCGGCCGCCGUCUCUCUCAGCUCUCUAUUAUGGAAGAGGUGUUAGUCCCGGACCACAAAUAUGGCCUGGACGACAUCCACUGGGAGGUGUCAAAGCAUUUGGGCCGUGUUUGGUUCCCUGAUAUGAUGCCCACCUGGUAGGGUACAGCCACUCCCCUGUGCAUGGGUUUUGCUCACAUCUGCAAACCAAGCCUUGCUCUACCAACAACUUAUUCAGUUCAUAAAGGAGUGAAUAUUCCUGGAGAAAUGACACAUUUUACAGAAUUUGCAGUAUUACUUGGAGGCUUUUAGUUUAAAUUUUACACUGCAGCUUUAACCAAGUGUCACUACAAAUAACAGCCUACUAAAUUGUCAAGUGUGAACUGAAAUACAUGUUAGUAAUCUAUUGAAUAUUUAUAUUUAAGUCUGUAAGCUGAUUUAACUCUAAAUUAUUAUCCUUUUGUCAUUCUGAAUAUCACAGUAGUAUUACUGACAUGCUUUUUUAAAUUUUAAAGGCACUUUACCAGUAAAUCCCAAACAUUUAAACAUUUUAUUUAUAUGGUACAAAUAAGAGAUGGGUUUCUAUUUUUAUAUAAUCCCCAAAUUAUUCCAAUUUGACAAAGCUUGCUUCUUUUACCCUUUUUAUUUCUGUCUAGAAUGUGUAAAUCAUCCUCAGAAGAGUGUCCCUUUUCCUUGUUUCAGGUAGCUUUGUCAUCACAGUAGUAUUGUCACCUCUCAGCUGCAAGGUCCUGGGUUUGAUCCUGAGAUGGAGUUACUGUCGGGCCUGAGUUUUGCAUGUUUUCCCCAAGUAAGAGAGAAUGAGUGCGAGUGUGUCUAGAACAGUGUCUUGUUCAUUCCAAUCACUAAUACAUUCCAACUUAUUAUUCCAAUUUUCUUGUUGGCUAUCUAGUUGGACAGUUUAAAUGUCUGUUGGAACACAUGUUUUAUGCAGAUUUAAGAUUAAAAACAUAGUUGUAUCUCUCAAUAGCUAUAUCUCUUAAAUGUGUUUCCUUUUAGUGUAUUUUAUAGCCCUACCUUAAUACCCUGCCAUCUGAUUUUGGGUUAGAGCAGCAAAAACAUAUUUCUCUGAUACAUCUUAGCUUCUCUUGAUAAUUCUACCAGCAGAUAGAGCUACCAAUGUCUUCACUAGCAAAACAAACAAGUUUAAAUAAAAAAAUUUAAAAGUGGUUUAUCAUGGCUGUGUAGGUUAAUUUCAUUUAUAGCUUAGAAUUUAUAUUUAUUUCAUCUUCUGACUUCAGUGCUUAAGCGUUCCUGAGCUUAUUAAUAAUUAAUCAUUAAAAAUAAAUUUGACUAAACACUAAUAUUAGUGAUUGCAGCUACAGUGAGUAUUAAACAGCGUCUACUAUUUUUUUUUUACUGCUGUAAUUAUGUAACUUGACAUUUUAUGUAUGUCUGAUCACGCUACCGUCUCCCUUCCCUUCUUGGCAAUACUUUGCUCAUACAUAGCAGCCUGCAAUGCAACAUGUUAUAGACAGCAGGCAUGAUAAGACAGUGGCUUAUUGCACACAGUCCCAAAGGCUUACCUUACACCCAGUGUUCCUGGGAUAGGCUCAGGCUCCACUGUGACCCUGAUCAGCAUAAAGAGUUUACUGAAAGUGAGUGCACUGUACAUGUACAUGCUCUAAUGAAAUUGUUUUCUGAGCAUGUUACGCAGUUUGAAAUACAUGUAUUAUGAAUCUCUUUUAAUUAAAAACCCAAUUUGCAUACAUUUUUAAAUUUUUUUCCUCUGAUGUUUGCACUAUUUAUGAAUAUAUAACAUUUAACUUGAGCCAGUAAAGUUUUUUUGUCGUCAUUUUUACUAAUUGUUUUCUAAUAGGUAAUAGAAAUCAAUUAGCAAACACUGACUAAUGAGUUGUUUUUCUAUUCUGUUCUCCUUUCUAUAUUCAAAAUAACCAAGUGUCUUGUACAUCUUCCACUGUGAUCUCUCUGAAAAGAAGUGGCAUGUUUUUGUCAUUUUGUCAAGUGAUUUAAAUAGACAUUUCCAGUAAUAAAUACUUUGAUACUAAAAUCAAUACUAAAUACUAUUAUGACCCAUUUAACUUCACUUACAUGAUUGAGAACCUUCAAAGCCCUUCUGAAUAAUGUUUUAUUUAUGUACACAUAGAAACUUUCCUCUGCUCACUUUUUAUGUUGAUUUUAUUUAUUGUUUUGUAUAUUUUAUUGUUUGUUUCUUUUUAGCUUUUAACCAUAAGUCAUGUGAAAAUUUUAUGCUUCACAUGAAGAUGACUUUUUCCAGCAAAUCAAUGUCAGGUUGCAUAAUGAUGAACCUUAUCCAUUGGCAUUUCAGUCUUGCUUUUUGUGGCUUUUGAUAAAUGUUUCUAAAAGAAGUUUGCAAGAUGGAACAGAGUAGCACAGAUAUUCAAGGUAAGGUUUCAGAGAGUAAGAACUGAAUUAUGGGGUAUAUUUUACUUUGAAAGUUUAUGGGUAUUUCGAGGUGAGAAUUUGAUUACUUAACGUGAACAAUGCAAUCGUUCUCAACGGUACUGAGAUUUUUGAUCAAUAACACAUUCAUUAAUUCAAACCAUACUGCUGUUUAAGGAAAAAAAUGUAACUGUAAUAGUAAUACUACUAUUAAUACUAUUAAUACUACUAUUAAUAUCCCCUAUAAUAGUAAUCACUAGUAAUAUCCCCUGAAUCAGAGACCAGAGUUCUGUUUACCUAUUAUAAUACAUUGGUCAACUCAACAUUUUUAAUGAGAAGCAAAAGUAGGCAGCAGUAUGUGGCUAUGUAGAAUGUUAUUGAAUGUUAUUUUCUUUUUGACUAGAAAUUAUUUUCUAAAAUGUCACAAUGUGCUGUCAGGUGUUUAUGCUGUCAGGUGUAUAUGUGUUUUCCUGCGGUCUAUAUCCACCAGACAACUAUGAAUAUUCUUGUGUUUGCAAUCAACACUUUAAACUGUGGACUAUGAAAGAUGUUUGAAAGAAGAAUCACUGGGUCUUUUGACAACUAUGCUUAAGAAAAAUCAGAUUUGGUCCGUAUUUAGUAUAAAAUGGAGAGCAGAUCUCAGAAGAAGUAGCUAAUCACCUCUAGCAAAUACUUGUCUCACUUAUGCAACUACUAGUAAGAUGGCUCCUAACGUCAUGAACACAGGAACCACUGCAUGCACCAAUACACUUAAUGUUAAUUUGGCUCCUCAUCCUUGAGACCUUUCUGUCACUUGAAUCAUCCAUAAGCUCCAUUUCAAUAAGUACAUACAAAACAAAGCGAUUGUUUAUUAGCAGUACCCACAACCCAAUUACAUCUUUCUCCCCACAUUUCCCACACAACCAUUGUAGUUGUUCUAAUUUUUUGCAUCCACCUCUAAGCUAUGUAAUCUGGAAGGAGUUUCUCUAGUAUUUUAAUCCAGAAAAUCCUGCUGCAAAACGACUGCAUCAUUGCUGGAAGUGCUGGUAGGCAUGUAUGUAACAGAUAGAUCAUUGGUUUUAAAAGUAGGAUGUAAAAUGAUCACAGUAGUCCACUUAAGACUUUAGAUGAGAGCCAACAGCCAGGUUAGUCCAAAAGGAAAGAAAAGCACCAAUCAUCAACCAUGUUUCCAUAUUCUUUUCACACGUGAAAAUCUUUGCUGGAUUUUAUGGAGGCUCAGGUUUUAUGUAUGUAACAGAAAAAAAACUAGUCACUUUUAGGUAGAUUGCCAAAUCUCAAAAGAUACAUUAAAGUUUAAGUUUAUUAAGUUUGUUUAAGUAAUGUUUAUUAAACAUUUAACAGAGUCAUACCAAAUGUUUUAUUAUAACUAUUUCCUUCCAUAUUUGGGAAAGGGACUUUGUACUUUCUUACUGAAUAUUAGAAACUUUAUUUUUAUACCAUGCAGAACUAUUUUGCUGUUUAUAUGACAUUUUCUUGUCUCAUAUACAGAUAAACUGACAACUGUAUAAAAGUUGCAUGGUGUGACAUCAGUAGAUUGAGAUCUGUAAUGCAGGUAGCUAAUAUUCAUUCGGAGUUCCUUAUAGGCGUGUGAUGCUCUUAUAUGGAUCAACUUUGCCACUCCUUCUGCUCUUAUUCCUGAUUUUUCUUCUUCAAAAGCGGUAGAAAAUGAAUGAAUGAAUGAAUUCCACACUGAAUUAAAGCACUUUUACAGCAGCAUGCAAGGAGCACCAUGAGCAGCUAAAGUUCUAUAAAUUACUUGCAGGACCUUAUGGCUUUCUCACAGCCUUAGAUUUUUAUUGGUCUUUACCAUGAAAGCUGGUAGUAUGUUUUAGCCAAACAUCAUUUUGUAUCUUUCAAUUUACCCUGAAUUCUAGCCCCUCUUUAAAUCAAUGCACAUGUCCCUCAUUUUGUUUAGUGUGAUUAUAAGUAUAAUUAGAGAUUUGUGUUUACUUUUCAAAUCAUUCUGCCAUGCACUUUAUUUGGAGUUGUAAUGCUCACAUGUACAAGUAAUAUAUUUAAGCUUGUUCCAAAGGAUAACUGUGUACUCAUGAUUUCUUUAAUGCAUUUUUUAGCCAAAUACCUUUGUGUAUAUUACUUUAAAGCAUUUUUAAGCAGAAAAGGGCACUUGAUGUCAUGAAAAUGUUUUUGUUGUAUUGAAGUAAAUGUUGUGAAUGUAAUUGUAAAUGUCAUUUUAUUUGUAUUAAAAUAUAUAACAACUUCUACUGAAAAUCUA